AUGUUGCUACUUACCACAGUUGCAACGUUUCUCGCUCUCCCAGUUGGACUCAUCAUCUGGUCAGCUCAAACCCUAGCUACCAACCGUGCUAAAGCCCGCGCAACAGGUCUUCCCUACCUCAUUCGUUAUGUAUCGCCCAUGAAUUCCAUCUGGCUUUUCUAUGGUAGUUCCAUUAUCCGACUCUGUCAACGACUGGGUAUUACAUCUGAAAACUUCACAUGCAUCUAUUCUCACGGCUGGGAAGCCAAUGAGCGAGCCCAAAUCUUCGUUGAUUACGGCGAUGCAUUUCUAGUGGUUCAUCCGGCGGGUAUGCAACUUUGUGUUACUGAUGCUAAAACUAUCUAUGAUGUUCUGACGAGGAAAAGAGAGUUCAGGAGGAAUAUGGAGGAAAUGGCUGUUUUGGAUGUUUAUGGACGGAAUUUGUCUACGGUGGAUGAUGCGGAGUGGCAAGCUCAUCGGAAGAUGACGACAGUGACAGUUACGGAAAAGAACAAUGAGCUGGUGUGGGAACAGUCGUUAGCUCAAGCGAAGCCAGUUCGAUCGACACAUUUGGAUACUAAGAAUUUUACGCUCAAUGUUCUUGCAGCUGCAAUGUUCAACGAAGUGUAUCCAUUCGAAGGCCAGGAGAUUGAGAAGCCAGAUGCUCAUAAGAACGAUAAGUCGUAUCAGUAUCGAGAAUGUCUAUCCACGAUUCUGUCAUCCAUCAUCCAGAUUUUCGUCUUCGGAGAAGAAGUUCUAAAAGCUUGGUGGACACCUCGAUUAUUUAAAAAUGCAGCCAGAGCGAUGGAUGGCUUCCGCUCCUAUAUCUUCGGUUUGAUGAAUAAAGAAAAAGAGCAUCUUGCACGUGGAGACUUUGAAAACAGGCAUUUAGUAGCACGUCUAGUGAAAGCUCGCGAGGAGAGUGAAGAAUUGGAUACAGAUAUUACAAUCACGGACCAAACAUCGGAUAGAGGGAGAAAGAUGACACUUACGAAAAAAGAGAUCUUAAGUAAUCUUUUCGUCUACACUUUUGCUGGUAAUGAUACAACGGCAAUUGUGCUCACCAGCUUACUUAUCCAUCUUGCUGCCAACCCCGACACCCAAGAUUGGGUUUCUGAAGAGAUAAACUAUUAUCUGCCCACAGGUGCGAGUGUAGAAUCCUGCAAAUACGAAACAUACUUUCAAUUAAAGCGCUGUAGAGCAGUUGUUGAAAUACCUCUCAAAGUUAAUGGUCAAACUUAUGUUCUUCCACCGCAUACAACCGCCCACUGUUCUAUACCCGCUCUUCACGCGUACCCAAAAUACUGGGGUUCUAAUCCUCUUGCCUGGAAUCCUAGCCGGUUCAUCAGCAUGUCGUCUACCUCCACACCCACUAAAAGUCCUAACACGCAAGAUUUUGACCAGGAAAAAGUCGAAGGGGAUACUUCGGAUCAUUUCAUGCCUUUUGCAUGGGGUCAACGAGUAUGUCCUGGUAAGAAAUUUGCACAGGUAGAACUUGUUGCUGUAUUAGCUGCGUUGUUCAAAGACUGGAAAGUUGAGGUUGUCCCGAAGGAUGGGGAGACAUGUGAGCAGGCAAGAGAGAGGGCAUGGAAGAGUAGUUUGGUGGUUGAUCAUGAGAGACAUAUGUUGCAUGAAAUGUUUGAUCCGAAGAGUGUGGGAUUGAAAUGGGCUGGGAGAUAA